UUUCGCGUCAGGAACAAAUUUCUGAUCCUUGAAUCAGCUAUAACUCAGUUAAUUCAAUAAGGGUAGUCGAUACAUGGGACUUGAAGAAAAAUGUUCCUAAUAUUUUGUGCAGAUCUUCUUGAAUUUUGAGCAAAAAAUCAGAAGAGACAUCCAAAUCUCAUGAGAAUAAAAUUGAAAAUCCAUUGGAAUGGUGCCAAAAGAAAAAUCCUUUCACAGUACCACACGCAGCGUCCAUGGUUGGAAUGGCUCUGGGAAUCCUAAUCCGGGAUUUACGGUUGACGUCCCAACUAACCGAAAUAUUUUUCUGAAGACGGCUGAUGCUUGGAUGGGCGGGAAGCGGGUUGAUGAUGCCGCGGACAACCUGUGGAGAAUUCACGACAAGCUUUAUGACCUCACCGACUUCAUCGGCAGACAUCCCGGAGGUCGGUUUUGGCUGGAGACGACGCGCGGCACGGACAUCACGGAGGCGUUUGAGUCUGCCCACGUCAACCCCGCCGUGGCGAAAAUGUUGCCCAAGUUCUACGUGAGGGAAGCAACCAACAAGAGAAACUCCCCCUACACUUUCCAUGAGGACGGCUUCUAUAAAACUCUGCAGAGGAAGGUGUGGCCAGUGCUGCAGAGGGUGGGGAGGGGACCGAGCCUCAAGAUGAAGCUGAUGGCCGACGGCCAAGCAGCGCUGUAUGUGGCUACGGUCUUCGCUGCUGCUGUGCACGCUUCAUACGGACUCGCCUUCUGCGCUGGUUUGGUCUUGUGGACCAUAAUGGGCACGGCGCAUAACUUCUUCCACCAAGCAGAUAACUUCAGAAUGUUCUACUUUGAUCUUUCUCCGCUGUCGUCAUCAGACUGGCGCAUCACUCACGGCUUGUCGCAUCAUUUGUACCCCAACACUCUCUAUGACUUUGAAAUAUCCGUACUGGAACCGUUUAUACACUUCCUACCAGAGCCACAUAAACACUUCCUCCACAGAUACGUGACUCCAGUCACGUGUCACCUUACGAUGCUACUUGCUUUCUUCAUCGAAAUCAUCAAACGGAUCGCGGGUCUCAUCAUUGGAACACGGAAGUUUGAGAUGAUAAACGUCCUGCCCUGGGCCCAGUGUGUCGUCAUGAUGCUAUGCACUGGGAGUUUUCAGACUGGGCUGCUCUUGUACCUGACGACGAUAUGCACCGCGAGCUUUUUCUUCGCCUGGGUGGGCCUGAUUGCCGCUCACCACCACCCUGAGAUCUACCACGCCUACGACACCUUCAGGAGCGACCCUGACUGGGGGCUGUGCCAGUUAGACGCCGUGCGCGACAAGAUCGAAGUGACAGGAUCUUUAUUCCUGGUCGCGAUAUCUUUCGGUGACCACAGCCUCCAUCACCUUUUCCCUACUGUGGACCACUCCAAGCUCCCGUAUCUUUACCCCGCACUCAUCGAGACGUGCGAAGAAUUUAACUUGAACUUCAGCUUCGUUAAGCAGAAGGAACUGAUUCUCGGGAUGUACCUGCAGAUUUGCUCUGCAAACCCCAACCCUAAACCGCCAGGCUUCCCGCAAAUAAAACCUCUUAUUCCAGAAGUUGUUCAAAAGAUGAUCCACAAGAAGAAAAAUCACUCGUGAGCGAUAAAUUAUUUGCAUUUGUAGAAUAGUGUCUCACUAGGAAGGCAUAAUGGAUAUUUUGACCCCCCAUUCUUUUUGGUUAAAAAAUUAUUUAUAGAAAAAUUGUCUACAAAUUAACAAUAAUAGGAAAGCGAGACCUGAAGUCUAAAUGUGUUGGACACACAGUUACGUGUCUUUUAUUCAGCAAAAAGAAAAAAUGCAUCCCUCUCGCGUACAUCUUAAUAAUUAUCUUCAUCAAGGUUAUGCUUUAUACUACAAUAUUUAAUUUAUCGGUUCCGGUAAAUCUGAAAUGCGGGAGAGCAGAGAUGUGUACUUUCAAACACUCCUUAUACCAGUGCCUGAAAUGUCAAUGAUAACAUCCAAUAAUAAAUAUCUAACACAAAUUUCUACUACUCUGCUAUUUGCGUUCUGUAUGAUAGAAUUUAAUGACAUCCUUGAAUAUAACACCAGCGCAAUGAUUAUUUUCAAAUGAGACCUAUUCCACAUGUCGGAUUAGCAUACCUUUAACUGUAUUCAUACGUACCUCAUAUUCCUCUGUUAUCUGUUAAGUGACUGAGAUGUCAGCUCGGCAUUGAGCGGUCGUCUGUUAUACCUAUCCGCUCCUGCCAACCGUUUUUCAGCAGUCGCCCACUUCUGUAAUCCCCGAGCUGUCAUAAGCUUUCCACAUCACUGUCUUCCCUCCAGCAAUGAAAUGCAUACAAUCAUUGUACCUUUUAUUUUUCUAGUUAAUAGACUAGAAAUAAUUUUUUGUCGAGAUUUUAACGUAGGGUUGUGAUUUAGAAAAGGUAAAUAUAAAAUUCCUGCGAGCCGUGAAAGGUUUUAGCGUGCAGCUAAACCCUAGAGUCGGAGAUGUCUAUAUGUAGAACUGCGUGUCUGUUAUGAACUUCGGUGGAAUAUAUUCACGUUGAGGUUGCCUUAAUUUAGUUGAUCACUUCGCACUCAAUAGAAAUACAUAAAUUUCAUAUAUUUAUGUUUGUAAA